AAACCACCGCGAUGUAUAUUUGCAUUCUGAGGUGCCAAAAGAAAAUGAAGCACUUCAGGCAAGAGAGAAAGGUAGCUGAGUAGAGCUGCUGUUACACUGAGGGGGAAAAACCCACAUUCACUCCGUGAUAGCUUCUGACAGCGUUUCAAAGCUCAUGAUAAAACAUGUGCUGAAAUUAGCAGAGUAAAUAAGACUCAGGCCGGUCUUCACCUUGGGUAUUUUGCCUCUCUUUCUGCUGUUAGCCUUAACAAUUGCAAUUCCACUUGAUGAACAAUGGCCACAGAUGUCUUCAACUCCAAAAGUCUGGCCAUUCAGGCCCAGAAGAAGAUCCUUGGAAAGAUGGUGUCCAAAUCAAUAGCAACUACUUUGAUUGAUGAUACAAGCAGUGAUGUUUUAGAUGAGCUCUACAGAGUGACAAAGGAAUAUACACAAAAUAAAAAGGAAGCAGAGAAAAUAAUAAAAAACCUCAUUAAAAUAGUCCUUAAAUUGGCAAUACUCUACCGGAACAACCAAUUUAAUCAGGAUGAAAUAGCGUUGAUGGAGAAAUUCAAGAAGAAGGUUCAUCAGCUGGCUAAGACUGUGGUCAGUUUCCAUCAGGUGGAUUAUACCUUUGACAGGAAUUUUUUGUCCAAGCUGCUAAAUGAUUGUAGAGAGCUACUUCACGAAAUCAUUCAGCGCCACCUAACUGCAAAGUCACAUGGACGUGUCAACAAUGUGUUCGAUCACUUCUCUGAUUGUGAAUUUUUGGCUGCCUUGUACAAUCCCUUUGGACCUUAUAAACUCCAUUUGCAGAAACUUUGUGAUGGUGUCAACAAAAUGCUAGAUGAGGGGAACAUAUAAGUACUUGUUUUAAAGUCGACUGCUUAUGUAUUAUUAGUAGACGGAACACUGUUGAUUUAUGAAGGAAUAAGGGAGCAUGCAAAAAGGUUUUUUUUACUUUAUGACAAAUAUUUCCAAAUAUUAAAUUGAUUCUUUGUUAUGAACUAUCUGUUGCUUUUCACAGUCCAUCUGGAAGAAAGACUGUUUUUUACCAUGCUUUGCCUGCAGAAACAGCUGGAUAAAGACAAUAAAACAGAAGAGUCUAAACAGAGUAGAGUCUUGCAAGGCAGAUAUGCAAACCAAGACAAUAUGCUGUCAGACAAUACAUGUCUAUCAUAGAUUUACAGAAUUAUUUCUAAACUAUCAGAUUCCAGUAAUGUUAGUAACAGACUAUAAUGGUGAUGGUACACUCUAUAAUUUCUUUGGGUUAUUUGUAAAAUACAUAUAUUUAACUCCUUUAUUACCUUUUAUGCUCUCUGCACAGAUCAUAGCUCUCUAACAUUGCCCUUAUGGAGCAUCCAGUUUUACAUAAUACCAGUGAUGCUGUCAUGUAGAAUCUUAACAGGCUUGUUCAUCUCCAGCUCAGUGGUGAAAACUUCCUGUCUGCAAGUCUACUGAAUGUAGAUCCUUAUAGAACCGCACAGAUGCUUGCUUCCUUGAUUAAAUGGGGAUUAUUUGAGGAAUAAGCUACAUUAACAUAGCCUAACUGGGGAAGAGUAUUCCCUAGAAACUGCCUGCGGUACGUCAUUUUCAUUCUGCCUAUGAUAAGGUAAAACACAGUGACUUACGUAUUCUCUAUUAUAAAUAUCCUUAAGAUAAUUAGAAUCCUACUUAUAGGUCACAGUUCCUUUUGAAAAGAUGUGAGUCAGUAGAAUUUGUACACUAGGCUGAUGUAUGUGAUGAUGUGAAUUCAGAAACCGUGAUCAUCUGAAAAUAAAUUCCAGGCUAAUUUGCUUUGUGUACAAAAUGCAACUAGAAACAGAAAUUAACUUUAUUGAUGUGUUAUAUAAUAUUUAACUAUUAGAGAAAUGGAAUCUCGAGUAACUUUUUUUCUUCUUUUCUCCCUUCCUGCCUUCCAUCCUUCUUUUUGUUCCUCAACUUCUUUCUGCCUUGUAAUCUGGGGAUAAAAAAAUGUGACUUUCUGGACACUGUAAUGUACUUAAAUGCAUGAAGUUAAUACAUUUCAAACAUCUGAAGACUUUUUGUUAGGAAGCAUAUAAAGAAUUUGCUGUUUAUUUAAUUGCCAGUGUUAUUGCUGUUUGCUGUGUCCUUUUGUUUUGAUGAGUAAACCAAAGAAUAUUUGCACUCUGAACUUUUCUCGCUAUUUUUUCCCCUUUGUUGCAUUGUAAAUGGUUUGACAUCUGGCUUCAGCAGUAGU